AGGCUUAUAAUGGCAGCAGAGGUGCAAUCAUCCCCCUGUGAUUGCCAGCAAGAGCAUCAUCAUUGAAGGAGGAAAGAAGAGAAGAAAAGGACUGGAUCUGUAGAGAGAGAGAGAGAGAGAGAGAGAGAGAGAGAGAGCGAUGAUCUCUUAUCUUUAAUUUCAGAGCCGCGGAAAGUUCCUCCGGAAAGAAAAGUGCUAUAAGAGACACAUCCGAGGAGUAAUCCAUCAGUUCCCCCUCCACCCUCUAUUUCACUACAUCUCCACACGGCUUGUGAAGCUUGGAAGAUGCAUAUGGGUGCUCCCAAGUAAGGAGGAAAGAUGCAUAUGCGAAAGAAGUUGGAGAACAGACGUAGAUUCGUGUAAUACAUGCAUCAGCAGCUGCUCAAAGGUUUCCUUGGAUCGAGAAGGAGAGUUCGAAGCUCCAGCAACCUCUCUCCUUUUACUUCUUCUUGGAACUAUCAAGCUUCUGAAACACCGUGAUGAGGUCUUCACAUCAAGAAGAAGAGCCGCAUGGCUUCUCCACUGUAGUGGCAACUCCAGCUUUCUACGACCGUCCGUGGAACCAAAGCCAGACAUCGAACUGUAACGAGAUGGUUUCAGAUGCCAAUGGAACUGUAUCCAGCCAAAGAGCUUUCAGUUUAAGCCAUGGACACUCACCAGCUAGCUCGCAAACUAUUCAAAACCUAGGGUUUCACUGUGAAGAGGGCUUCUUCACCUACCAGCUGCCGGUGCACCAACUCCACCCAACUAAGAUCACAGAGUUUCCAGAUAACUCCUCCUUUCCAAAGCUUAAUGGGUUCUGCAAAGAUUUCUCUUCUAAUGACGACUGCCGGCCACAUGAGAAGCUCUACGUAAGAAGAAUAGAUACAGGUCGCCAGACCGAUGGCCUUCAGCCUCUGCCCGGAAACUUGUCUGAAAACUCGUGGUGUGACAGCCAUGGAGGUGGUCGAGAGAGCUUCAGCAUGGGUUUUUCGACUGCUUAUUUGUCACACUCCAGUCCUCGUCUGCCAUUUCUCUCAGGAUCCUCGGACAUGGAUCUUCAUGCAAUGGAUCUGUUGGCUUCAGCUAGAUUAGGAAGGAGCUUCUGCCAAACUUCGUUCACUGGUAUGGUCUCAUUGCUAGGCGAGGAUGCAUCUUCUGGGUUUGGCCAUCUUCCGGAAUCAUUUCAAGGGCCAUUCCAUCACCACCGGAAGAUGCCAUCUUUAGCCAGUGGAGCAGCAGAAGUAAGAACAGUGAACAGCAGUUGGGAGCACAAACCACUUCAGACAGAACCCACAAAGCCUCGAUUUGAGCAGCACUCUUCAUUCUCUCCUUUCAAGGUGAGGAAGGAGAAGAUGGGUGACAGGAUUGCAGCAUUGCAGCAGCUGGUGGCACCAUUUGGCAAGACUGAUACAGCUUCAGUGCUAAUGGAGGCCAUUGGAUACAUUAAGUUUCUUCUGGAUCAGGUUGAGAAGCUAAGUUUACCAUACUUGAGGUCAUCUGGCAAUAAAAGACCAAGAACAAUGCAAGAGGCAUCAAAUGAGGAGAGAGAUGAGAUGGGAAAGCGAGAUCUGAGGAGCAGAGGACUUUGUCUAGUGCCCUUGUCGCGCACAUCAUAUAUAUGAAGUACACAUAGCACUCAACUCAAGCAGGAACAGGAUUCAAUGCAGAUGAUGGUUGUAGAUCCGCAGCAUAUUUCCGAGCCCACAAAUCAUAG